AUGCUAGUAUUCUUUGAGGAAGUUCUUGAGGAAGUUGGAGUUGAAACUGUGGUCCAAAUAGUUGGAUACUCAACGUCUGCCUGCAUGAUGGAAGCAGGCAAUAGACUAAUGGAAAAAUGUAAGACAGUUUUUUGGACAGUAGAUGUUUCUCAUUGCAUGGAACUUAUGUUACAGAAGUUCACGAAGAUGAACCCGAUACAAGAAGCUUUGGAGAAGGCAAAGACACUCACACAAUUUAUUUACAACCAUGCUACUGCCCUGAAGCUUCUAAGAGAUGCGUGUCCUGAUGAGCUUGUAAAGUCUUCAAAGAUCAGGUCAAUUGUGCCCUUUUUGACUCUGGAAAACAUUGUCUCACAGAAAGACUGCUUAAUUAGGAUGUUUCAGUCUUCUGAUUGGCAUACCUCAAUCAUGGCUUCUACAAAUGAGGGUAAACGAAUAUCAGAAAUGGUUAAAAAUGAAUCAUUUUGGAGUGAGGCUUUGAUGGCUGUAAAAGCAACCAUUCCCCUGGUGAAAGUUAUAAAGUUACUCAAUGGCACUAAUAAGCCACAAAUUGGUUUUAUAUAUGACACACUAGAUCAAAUUAAAGUGACCAUCAAAAAGGAGUUCCAAGGCAAGGAAUCUCUUUUUGCAAAAUUCUGGACAGCCAUUGAUGACAUAUGGAACGGAUAUCUCCACAGUCAUCUUCAUGCUGCGGGUUACUUUUUGAACCCAAUCUAUUUUUACUCGAGCGAUUUCUAUGCUGAUGCGGAAGUUACCUCAGGUCUUUGUUGUUGUGUUGUUCGCAUGACAGAAGAUCGUCAUAUACAGGAUUUGAUGGCACUGCAAAUUGAUGAGUAUCGCAAGGGGAGGGGCACGUUUCAUUUUGGAAGUUUCAAAGAAAAACUAAUAAAUAUUUCCCCAGGUGCACUUUGGUGGUCACAAUAUGGAGUUGAGUAUCCGGAAAUUCAAAGGUUUGCUUUUCGGCUCCUUAGUCAGACAUGCAAUGGUGCUUCACAUUAUAGGCUGAAAAGGAGCUUGGUCGAGACAUUACAUACAGAAGGUAUGAAUCCGAUAGAGAAGCAGAGGCUGCAAGACUUGGUAUUUGUCCAUUGUAAUUUGCAAUUACAAGCUUUUGAUCCAGAUGGAAGCAAUGACAAUACAGACUAUGUUGUUGACCCCAUGGAUGAGUGGAUAGUCAGAAAAGAGCCCAAUUUGGUGCAUGAAAACACUCAACUUACAUGGAUGGACUUGGAACUUGCAAGCAGAAAUGGAAAGGAAAAAGAUGUUAUCUAUGUAAAGGAUGAAGCGGACGGGGACGAGGACGAACCUAAAUGUAUAUAGUGUAGCAAAUGUGUAAUGGUAAUUAGUCAUUCUAAAGUAGUGUUAUGAACAAGAAAUCACAAACUUUGGAUCCAAGAACUCAUCAAGCCUAAAGUAAUUAUUCUCUGCUGUUUUUUUCUUUUGUAUUGUGAUUCUGCUCAAAUGAAAACUUAAAGGAAAUAUUAGCUUUAGAGCUUGAAGAUAUUUUGAACUUUA